CCAAUCUUCUUUCUAUCGGAAUUGGGAUCUUGAAGUUAACUGUUAUGAAUCAGGCAGAAUACAAUUUCUGGUCAUUGUCUUUCUUACUUGAGAAGCCAAAUACCAGUGAAAUUAGAGUGUCUUUCCAAAGUUGGUACCAAAUUAAAAAAGUAUUGGGUAUUAGUAAACAGUUAUUUUUAAUGGCCGAUUUCUCAUAG